GAACCAGCUGUGUGUUUUGGAGUUUGAGCACAAAGAGCAGGAGCGGACAGGAGCAGCGCUUUACAAAAGCGAAACGGGAGAAUGAGCUGAGACACUUUAUAACAAAAACAAACUGAGAUAUUUCUCGAAGCUUCUUUUUUUGUUCCACUUCAGGACUUCUUCAGAUAAACUGGUGCUUCCGUGGUUAAAGCCAUGGAUCCAUCGCUAACCGGCAACCCAGCCACCCCAAAGCCCAGUCCCUCACCUCCCGCCACCCUGAGGCCAGGCCUUUCCUCUUCAAGCUCAUCUUCUACCCCAACCGCACCAACCCCAGAGCGCUCCAAACCUAAACUCACCAUCCCAACACCUCCGACGACGCCCUCAUCUUCUUCCUCCACUGCCUCCCCUCGGACUUCUCCUGGUCUCUCCUCCCGUUCUUCCUCCCUGUCCACGCCCCCUGUCUCACCUCUCCGUCAGCCCAUCAGGAGCCCCUCUCAGGUGGGCAGAUCUCAGCUUAAUGCAGCCUCUACGGAGAAUCCUCCAAAUGGAUCCACAGCUGCUGGAGCUAAGGCUCCACAUCCUCCUCCCACACCUGAACCAGAAGACCCGGAGGAGGAGGUCACUUUUGAGGACCUGGAGGAGAGAGCAAAGUCAGGAGAUGCUAAAGCACAGACCAAGAUGGGGCGUUACUUCCUGGCACUGGCUGAAGAAAGAGAUGAGGAGUUGAACAAUUGUACAGCGGUCACUUGGCUCAUCCAGGCUGCUAAACAAGGCCGCAAGGAUGCCGUCAAACUGCUGCAACAGUGCUUAGCCUCCAGGAAAGGCAUCACUCUGGAGAACUUUGAAGAGGUCAAGAAGUUGUGUACAGAGACACGAUUUGAGAGAGGAGUUCGGAAAGCAGCUCUGCUGAUGUACUGGAAGUUGAACCCAGAGAGGAAGAAGGCAGUGGCUGUCUCUGAGAUGCUAGAGAAUGUUGAACACGUUCACACAGAGCCAGGCAAACCAAUCUCUCCAGGCCCACUGAACAGCUCUGCUAAGAAACAAAGGAGAGUCCUGGAGACUAUGGUCACCAGUGAGGCCAACUCCCAUGUGGGUCUUGACGACUUUGUCGAGAUGACUAAGAAGUACGCUCAGGGUAUCGCACCUUCACCAGUCAUGGCUGCAGCAGGAGGAGGUGACGACGACGAUGACGUAGUAGUGAAACAUCCUGAUGAUCUGCCCUUACACCAAAAGCUGCUGAAGUUCCCUCUGUAUGCUUUGCUGGAGAUCAAGGAGCACCUCAUCGACUGGGCGUCACGGGCUGGCAUGCAGUGGCUCAGCACCUUGAUCCCCACGCACCACGUCAAUGCACUCAUCUUCUUCUUUAUCAUUUCCAACCUCACAAUUGACUUCUUCAUCUUCCUCAUCCCCCUGCUAGUUUUCUACCUGUCAUUCUUCUCCAUGGUGAUCUGCACACUGCGAGUAUUUCAGAAUUCCAAAGCAUGGGAAAAUUUCCGGGCCCUGACUGACUUGCUGACUCACUUUGAACCCGGUCUAGAUCUGGAGCAGGCUGAGACUAACUUUGGAUGGACACACUUGGAGCCUUAUCUGUAUUUCCUGCUCUCGGUGGUCUUUGUGGUUUUCUCCUUCCCCGUUGCUGAUAAAUCCUGGAUCCCCUGUUCCGAAUUGGCCGCUGUCGCCCUCUUCUUCACCGUCACCGCCUUUCUCAGCCUUCAUGCCUCCGCUCAGCUCUUUGCUCGUAAAGCCCUGCUCACGGAGGUCCUCUCCGGAGCGUGCUCCCUUACCCCACUCCUGCCAGAGUCCUUCUGGUUCCUCAGGAUCUUUGGGAUUACAUGGAUCACUCUGCCUUUAGGGGACAUAGUGGCAUUGAACCUGGGGAUACCGUGUGUUUUGUAUGGGCACCUUUUCUACCUCCUCUUCCGUAUGGCCCAGCUCAGAGGCUUCAAGGGCACUUACCUGUGCCUGGUGCCCUAUAUGGUUUGCUUUACUUGGUGUGAGCUCACCUUGGUGUUCCUUAAUAACGCCUCCGUGAUAGGACUCAUCCGCACCUGCGUUGGCUACUUCCUCUUCCUUUUCGCCCUUCCUAUACUUUCACUGGGCAUGGCCGCGAUGCUCAUCAUCCAGUUACUGCAGUGGUUUCUCGCCCUGGAGCUGACAAAGAUGUUGGUCACGCUGACAAUUUGCUUCGUGCCAGUAGUGCUGAGGCUUUGGACCAGAUUCAGCCUCAACCCCGUAGCAGUUUUUCGCUCUUUGUCAGGAAGUAGCAUUGUCAAGCUCAUCCUGGUGUGGCUCAGUGCGGUGGUACUCUUCUGCUGGAUGUAUGUCUACAGGUCUGAAGGCAUGAAGGUUUAUAACUCCACCCUUACGUGGCCUGAGUACAGCAACCUCUGCGGCCCUAUGGCCUGGAAAGAGAACAACAUGGCCCAAACUCAGAUUCUCUGCUCGCAUCUCGAAGGACAUCGCGUCACCUGGACUGGGCGCUUUAAAUACGUCCGCGUGACCGACAUCGAGAACGGGCCUCAUUCGGUUAUCAACCUGCUGCCCGUAUUUGUGGGGAACUGGAUGCGGUGUUUGUAUGGUGAGCCCUAUCCUUUGUGUGAGGAGGUGAAAAACUCCACAGCUGCUCCACAGCCUCUGCCUGCGCCGGCUCCCCCUCCAGUACAUCCACUCUGUAAACUUAAAAAACUGGCCAAGCACGAAUGCCACAUCAAACGCUUUGAUCGAUACAAAUUCGAAGUCACGAUGGGCAUGCCGCUGGAGAGGAAGACCAAGGAUGGGACGAUCAUAGAGGACGAAGACGCAACUAAGGACAUAGUUCUGCGGGCUAGUAAUGAGUUCAAGUCUGUGCUUUUACACUUAAACACCGGAAGCCUGGUGGAGUUUAGUACCAUACUGGAGGGUCGUUUAGGCUCCAAAUGGCCCGUGUUUGAGCUAAAGGCCAUUCACUGCAUGUCGUGCACCAACGCACACGUGCUAAGCCGCAGGCAGUACAAGAUUGAGCACGACUGGAGGCGCACGGCUCAGUCCGCCCUGCAGUUUGGCUUCGACUUCUUCUUCAACCCCUUCCUGACCGCUCAGCUGGAGCCACACUCGGAGACUGAAACAGAGGCUGACACGCCAGAGGAGGGGUAGAGGGUGAGAGAUCUGGUAAACGCACCUCUGGGAUAACUAAGAUAUAUGAUAAUGAUAAUACUAUAUUCAGUUUCAGGACAUUAAUGAUUGUACAACGCUGUUCUACACAGAAUAUAAUUGCAAUACUGGCGAUUAUUUAGUACCGUUAUUUAGGGUGCACAGAAAGAAAGACAUUUGCGUUGUAACUUGAGCAAGUGUGUGUUUGCAUUCUUAUAGCUUUUGAGCCAAAAUGUGUGAGAAUACAUAAUAUAAUGAAAUUAAAUGUACAAAGAGGAGAAGCACAAACUUAUAGGGUUUUAAGAAUAAAUCAUUUUACUGCUUAACACUAAAGGAAGAAAAACACAAUCUAAAACUUCUCAACUGUGCUCAGUGGUGCAUCUCAUCUAGUUUAGGCUAACUUGUGCUCAUCACGGUAAGUCUUUUAAUGAAGUCACUCUGGUUUCUUAUACAAACACUGUGUGUGUUUCAUACAUUUCUAUGUCUGGUUAUCAAAUAUUUGUGGCCAAAAUCAUCAGUAUUUACUUUUGUACAGCUUCCUGUUAAACCUUGUUAUGCCUGUGGUUCUGCGAGGGUUUCUAUUGCUGUCAAGCUUUAAUAAUUUAACAUUAUAUAGUCUAUGUUUAGUAUGUAAUUUUGAAAUGUAUUGGAAAUAAGAUUUCAAGUGCCUUAUAAGAUAGAAAUAGUCUCGAUUCAAAAAUAAUAUGGACAUCAUGUCUUUAAUCCUUAACCUUUAAGAAGUUCUCUGCCUUCUCUGUUCUCGUGUGUCUUCUCCUCCCUUUGUUUGCCUCCAUCUCUGCUGUGCAGAGAUUUAAUAUAUUGAAUAUUUGCAGUCCCUGAGUGAUGACGUGUUUCAAAUUAGGAUGCCACUACUGUUUUCUAUACUGUGACCCAUAAAGAUAAAGAAAACA